AUGCAAGGGAUCACCGAAAAAACAAGAAAAAAAGAGAUGAUACAUUUCUCUGAUAGUGAGCUCAAUUUACACAAGUCGAGAAGGCCUUACUUUUGGAAGCCGUGUCUUGUCAUUAGCAGCUGGAAUAUAUUAUGGUCAAGAAUUUUCGGAAUUAUUUGUGACGAAUUUUUAGAAAUUCUUAGAAGAAUUUUGGGUUUUUUCCAUGUUUCGAAAAUAUCUGAAAACAAAUUUGAACUUAAAAUCUCGAAAAAAUAUAAUUGGAGAAAAUACCCAAAACAAUUUUAUGAUAAUCAAAAAGAAGAGCGCUUCGAAUAUCGUUAUCAAGUUUUAUUGAAAUCCCCUUGCACCAAAACUCAUUUAAUUAUAAUUCAAAUUGUUAGCACUUGGUAUUUUUUCCUUAAAAACUCAAUUUUUCCCAUUAUCACAAAUUUGACUCUUUUUGAUUUCUUGGAUAUUGCUCCAGACAACCGAUACAAUAUGACUGGAGUUAUGACGGAGGCGUUACCUAUGAAAACUACAAAAAUUCAAAGUGGUAUUUAA